AUUAACAAAGUGGUUGAGCAAUUCUAAGGAAGUGAUGAGAUCAAUACCAGCUGAGUACUGGGCAAAAUCAUUGCAUGAGGUAAACCUUGACCAAGAGGAUUUACCAUUUGAACGAACACUGGGCGUCCUUUGGGAUGUGGAAAGAGACUGCUUCACAUUUGACGUCAAGGCAGUGGACAAACCUACAACAAAGAGAGGAGUAUUGAGCACUACCAGUUCCAUCUAUGAUCCUUUAGGAUUUGCAAGCCCAUUCGUGCUCAAAGCAAAAGCAAUCUUUCAAGAGUUGUGCCGCAUGAAAGUUGACUGGGAUGAGGAGUUACCUGUGGACAUGGUUGCACAGUGGCGCAGAUGGUUAAAUGACCUGCCUCUAUUGUCAGCACUGACAAUUCCAAGAUGUCUUAGGCCAACACCCACUAGUUGUUUGUUAGUUGCCCAACUCCAUCACUUUUCCGAUGCUUCAGAACUGGCUUACGGUGCUAUUUCAUACAUCAGGAUUGGCGACACUUGCAGGCUCGUGAUGUCGAAGGCAAGACUUGCUCCCAUCAAGCCAGUUAGUAUACCACGGCUGGAGCUACUAGCAGCGGUAGUUGCUACAGAGCUGGAUCAGCAUAUCAAGGGGCACUUGGAGAUUCCAAUUGAAAGGACUUUCUUUUGGACAGACAGUACUAUCGUACUUCAGUACAUUAACAACAAGCUUUGUCGUUUCAAGACUUUCGUUGCUAACCGUAUUUCAAAAAUACAUGAGCGUUCAGAACCAUGCCAGUGGAGACACAUUGACUCUGCUUUGAACCCUGCGGAUGAUGUUUCUCGAGGAAUGAACAUGGGAGAGUUUAUGUCGAAUGAACAAUGGGUAUCUGGUCCACAUUUUCUACGACUUGGGGAGGAACAUUGGCCCGCUCAACCUAUCAUAAAUGAUUUGCCAGAAGAAGCAGAGAUCAAAAGAAUCAAAGAGGUCUAUGCAGCUAGCGUAAAACCAAACCAAGUGAUGGAAAAUGCAGUGGACAGACUGCUGGAGCGAUACUCCAGUUGGCAUCGAUUGAAAAGGGCUACUGCUAUCUUGUUGCGUGUCAAGGCUUUGUUACGCAAAAGGGCAAGUGGGAAUCUUUCUGACCCCAUCACUGUUUCUGAGCUUCAACAUGCAGAAUUAGCCAUUCUCAAGUACAUACAAACUGCAUCUUUUGGAUCUUCUCAAGUCAAAACCAGUUCACUUCUCAAGCUUAAAUCCUUUGAGGAUGAAAAUGACAAACUCCUUCGUGUGGGAGGCAGACUAACAAAUGCCCCAAUUCCCUUUGAGGCAAAACAUCCAGUGAUCCUACCUAACAAUCAUCACGUCACCCAACUGAUUAUCAGUCACUACCAUCUCCGUUUGGGUCAUGCGGGUCCAGAAAGAGUACUUUCGGAAAUUCGUCAACGUUUCUGGAUACUAAAGGGACGUGCUGUCAUUAACCGUACUCUCAAGUCAUGUAUACAGUGUCGAAAGUUAAGAGCUAGACCACAAGUCCAACAAAUGGCAGACUUGCCUAACUCUAGAGUGACACCAGGGGAGCCUCCAUUCACUCGUGUGGGCAUAGACUAUUUUGGGCCAUUCUUGGUAAAGAAGGCACGGAGUGAGCUCAAGAGGUAUGGAUGUUUGUUUACAUGUCUCACUACAAGAGCUAUUCACUUGGAGGUUGCACACACCCUCAAUACUGAUUCCUUCAUCAACGCCUUACAGCGAUUUAUCGCUAGGAGAGGCCCAGCCACGGAAAUCCGAUCGGAUAACGGGACUAAUUUUGUUGGAGGAUUACAAGAGUUGCGGAAAGCCAUCAGUGAAUGGAAUCAACAAAAGAUUUCUGAUUACCUGCUGCAGAACAAUGUAAAAUGGAUCUUUAAUCCACCUGCCGCCUCUCACAUGGGUGGUGUUUGGGAGCGACAAAUUCGCACCGUUCGUUCCAUUCUAAACUCUGUUCUAUCGCAGCAGGCACCAGAUGACGAGGGUUUGACAACAUUGUUUUGCUGCGUUGAGUCUAUUGUCAAUGGUCGACCAAUCACGAAACUCUCAGAUGACCCAUCAGAUCCUCUACCACUCACACCAAAUCAUCUGUUGUUACUCCGUUCUGGUCCAAUUCUACCUCCGGGAGCCUUCGUAAAACAGGACAUUUACAGACGCAGAUGGCGCCAGGUGCAAUAUCUGGCAGAUGUCUUCUGGUGCAGAUGGCUCAAGGAGUAUUUACCUGCACUGCAACAACGUCAAAAAUGGCUACAACCAAAGCAGAAUCUUCAAAUCGGAGAUCUUGUGCUUAUUCUGCAUGAAAGGACACCACGCAAUCAUUGGCCGCUAGGUCUGAUUACUCAAGUCUAUCCAGGUUCAGAUGGACUUGUGCGUACUGUGGAAGUGAAAACACAGGCAGGGGUUUUCAUCCGUCCUGCUGACAAAAUAUGCCUCUUAGAAGCCAGUCUUCUUAGUUGACUCUUUUCAGUUGAAUUGGUUUAUUUGAAACAUCACCCGUCCUAUGUUUGAAUGACCUGUUUGGGUCAUUGGGGUCGGGAUGUUGGGUGCUGUCCCUUUAAGGUCGCUGAUUCUGUGGGCUCUGGUGACUGCAUGGGGGGAGGAGCUACGGGGUGAAAACGCUAAGAGAGAAAGUCAUGUUGUUUUAAUAUUGAAGUUUACAAUUCCGGUUUGAAGCUAUAACUUAAAACUACAUAUUCCCAGUGUGUUUGACCACAAACAUACACACACAAACAUACACACACAUACAUACACGCACGUAAAUGCGCACGAAUACUUUCAACUAAAUUAAACUACAACAACAAAGACCAAAUGUGUACAUUGUGAGUUCUGCACGAGAGGAAUAAAGGACAAAAACAAAAUCUCAAGUUAAUGUUAUCAUUUUGUGGGUAACACAAUGUUUAUCUUAAAACAGG